AUGCUGGGACUCCUGGGGCAAAUAGCAGCUGACAACCUGGCCCGUCGCACUCAAAAGGCCACUGAGGAAGCCGUUGAUGCUGUGGGGGAAGCGGUGAAGGACAUGGUGGAGCACACCACUGAGGAUGGAGAGCAAGCCUUUGCUGAAGCCUUAAAGAAUGCCCAAGAGUCAGGAGAGAAAGUGGUGAAGGAAGUCACUGAGAGUGUGACCAACAUUGUCACAGAUGCUGUCACCACACAAUAG